AAUUUCGGUGGCGCUCUUCCAGCACCGCACUGGGGAACCCAAACGCAGCUGCAGGACAACUGAGGUGGCGUUUCCAGAGACAGGAGGAAGUGCUCUGACGCAGCUGUUUGGUUGUUUUAGCUUUCAACUGCUGAAGAGGGUGCUUGAGUAUCAAAGACAUGAAUUACGCACGGUUCCUCACGGCGACGAGUGCAGCAAGAAGGCCUUCUGCCCUCCGAAUGUUGAGUGAAGAAAGGCAUGAGUUAUUGAUCAGGGCACCGAAAUCCGUCAUCUCUUUGGCUACUGGAUCACCAAAUCCAAGCAUGUUCCCUUUUAAGACUGCUGUUAUCACCACAGAAGAUGGCAAGACCAUCCAGUUUGACGAACAGAUGAUGAAGAGAGCACUUCAGUAUUCUCAAACUGCUGGAAUCCCAGAGCUGUUGUCCUGGCUAAAACAGUUACAAGUAAAAUUGCACAAUCCUCCCACUAUCCAUUAUCCAUCCAGCCAAGGACAAAUGGACAUAUGUGUCACAUCUGGCAGCCAAGACGGUCUUAAUAAGGUGUUUGAAAUGACCAUUAAUCGUGGAGAUAAUGUCCUCCUAAAUGAACCUAUUUAUUCAGGAACACUUAAUGCUCUUCUACCACUGGGCUGCAACAUUAUUAACGUUUGCAGUGAUGAAUAUGGAAUUAUUCCAAACUCCCUCAAAGAAAUACUUUCUAAAUGGAAACCAGAAGAUUCAAAGAACCCUAAGAAAAACACCCCCAAAUUUCUUUAUACUAUCCCAAAUGGCAACAAUCCUACUGGAAACUCAUUAACAAGUGAUCGCAAAAAGGAAAUUUAUGAGCUUGCGAGAAAAUAUGAUUUCCUCAUAAUAGAAGAUGAUCCUUACUAUUUUCUCCAAUUCAACAAGCCCUGGGCACCAACAUUUCUUUCAAUGGACGUUGAUGGGCGUGUCAUCAGAACUGACUCUUUUUCAAAAAUCCUCUCCUCUGGGUUGAGAAUAGGAUUUGUAACUGGUCCAAAAACCUUAAUAGAGAGAAUUGUUUUACACAUGCAAGUUGCAACAUUGCACACCAGCACUUUUACACAGCUUCUGGUAGCACAGCUCUUAUACCAAUGGGGAGAAGAGGGCUUUCUGGCUCAUGUAGACAGGGUUAUCGAUUUCUAUAGGAACCAGAAGGAUGCAUUAUUGGUAGCUGCAGAGAAGUGGUUAAGUGGUUUGGCAGAGUGGCAUGUUCCUACUGCUGGGAUGUUCAUAUGGAUUAAAAUUAAGGGCAUUUAUGAUGUAAAAAAACUGAUUAAAGAAAAGGCCAUUAAGAAAGAGAUAUUAAUGGUUCCUGGAAAUGAUUUCUACAUCGAUAGCUCAGCUCCCAGCCCUUACUUUAGAGCAUCCUUCUCCUUGGCUUCUCCAGAACAAAUGGAUGUGGCCUUCCAGAGAUUAGCUGAACUUAUUAAAGAAUCUUUAUGA